UGCACAAUCGACUACAGGGAAUCCAUCUUCGUGGACCCCACCGAACUCCAAAAGACCGCUCGGCAAGGAAGAGAGCCACAGUACUCAAUGGCGAGCACUUCUGUCGACGUCAAGGAGCUCCCUGCUUCCUACGUAUUUGUGGCUGAUGUUCCCGGGAUCAAAAACAGCGAGGUCAAGGUACAAAUCGAGAACGACAGCAUCCUUAAAAUCAGCGGUGAGAGGAGGCGCGACGACAACCCAACCUUCGAUGUCAAAUAUGUAAGAGCGGAGCGCCCGGCAGGGAAGUUCAUGAGAAAAUUCAAUCUUCCAUCAAAUGCCAACCUCGAAGGGGUGUCCGCCGCCUGCCAGGACGGGCAGCUGACCGUAGUGGUGCCCAAGAUCCCACCGCCCGCCCCUUACAAGCCCAGGACUUUCGACAUUCCCAUCGGGACGCUAGUCUACACGAAUCCCAAGUAGCUCUAGACAAAUCGAUAAAUGUUCCCGCCUAUAGCUAAAGGCUGACAUACAGCAGUCCAUUGUAAUCAGUAGAACUGGAACUGUAUUUGCAAAUGAAUGUAUUGGCGCAUAGACGCCCAAAAUGC